CACCGUUAGACCCGCUGGUCCUCUCCCAGAGGCGAUGACAGCCUUAUUAUGAAACAGCUGGCUUUCGGACAUUCAUAAUUCCCUCGGAAACAGACUUCCGGGUGGUUGCCAAACAUAUUUGUUUUCUUCUAUUGGAUUAACGACCAUCAGCCGCCAGUCGCAGCUUUUGCCUCAGAGGCCCGGAGAUUUGUGUCCCUCGGCAGGGGAGGAGUCCUCUCGUUAUUUCACCGCUAGCUGCAGACAGGCCAGCAUGUCGGCGGUGUAGCCACACGUCUCGGAACACAACGCUGUCGAGAGCAACCCAAUGCACUCCUAAAGGAUGGACGUGGAGGUGAGUGCUGGCAGGGACAGCACCUGGAGGAGGAGGGCGGCGGCAGCAGCGGCAGAUGAUGCGGGUGGAGCAGGCAUGGAGGCGCAGGUCGUGCCGCUGGAGCUCUACGACUCCGCACGAGCCAAAAUAGACGCAAACCUCCGCUGGUUGUUCGCCAUAGCUUAUGGUAUAGAUCACAUCCCUGCAGACCUGCGGAAUCCCUUCUACACCGACCAGUAUGAGCAGGAGCACAUCAAGCCGUCCAUCAUCCGCCAGCUGCUGUCCGGGGAGCUCUACUGCCGGGUGUGCGGGCUCAUCCUGCUCGCCGAGCAGGCCGCCUCGCUCCAGAGCCACCAGGCUGUCCUCCAGGCCCUGUCCAGGAAGGGCAUCUACGUCCUGGAGGCAGACAACAUGCCGGUCUCCGAUCUGGACCUCAGCUCGGCUUCCAUCAAGAUGAGCUCCCACAUCCACCUCAUUGACGCGCUGAUGAUGGCCUACAUCGUGGAGAUGAUCAGCGUCGAGAAGGUGGUGUCCAGUGUCAAGCGUUCGAACUUCAGUGCCUCCAAGGACUUGCCUUUUGACCUGGAAGACGCGAUGGUCUUCUGGAUCAACAAGGUGAACACAAAGAUGAGAGAGAUCAUGGGAAAAGAGCUGAAAAUGAAGCAACAUUUGCUGGAGUCACCGGGUCACCAGAAGCCUGAUACGCUGCAUGCUCUGGCCAGCUACCUAUUGGAGCCUGUGGAGUUCUCUCGCAUGGUGCGUUACCGCAGAGAUCACAUGUCGGGUCGAGCACUUCAGCACUUCCCCCUGCUGGAUGACCUCAUGAAGGAUGUGUGUGACGGCACCGCUCUGCUGGCUGUGAUCCACUUCUAUUGCCCAGAACUCAUUCGACUGGAAGAUAUCUGUCUGAAGGAGGUCCCCUCCAUAGCAGACAGUAUGUACAACAUCCAGCUGCUACAAGAGUUCUCUCACGAGUACCUGAACAAAUGCUUCUAUCUGAAGCCCGAGGACAUGCUGUAUUCUCCACCGGUACUGAAGAACAACGUGAUGGUCUUCAUCGCUGAGCUCUUCUGGUGGUUUGAGAUCGGGAAGCCCGACUUUGUGCAGCCCAGAGACCUUCACGAAAUCAGAGAUGUGAGAUUGCUGCUGCAGCCCAAGACUUCACGAUCCCACAUUCCUAUCUCCAACGUCACCAAGCGGAGUUUCCUGACGUCAUCCAACUCGGCAGACAUCUUGACCACGCCCCCGGGUCCCGACCCCAGCAGUAGACCAGGCUCCGUGAGCACAUCUCACUCUUUACUGCCGCUGAGACAGAGACAACAGAAAGUGGCUGAGGAGAGCACUCCAGGGCUGGGAAAUCGGUCCGACUCUCUGACAUGUGAUGCACAGCAUCAGGGCUCAAUACUGGCGUGGCCCGAGAGGAGGCCGAGGCCUUUAUCCCAGCCAGUGCCCUACGCCUUGCACUGCCCCCUGGAGGACGACGCAGACAGUAUCAGCCUCGCUCGCUCCAUCAGCAAAGACAGCCUGGCCUCCAAUAUACUGAGCAUGACCCCCAAACACAUGCCGGGAGCGCAACUGCCUCAAAACAGGCUAAGCGUUCAAAGCCUGCUGAGUCACAUGCGCAUCGAGGACGAGGAGGAGGAAAUAGAAGAGGAGGAGCUCGUCGCUGUGAUCCACCCUUCUGCGCUUCCUCGAUGUCGGCUUGGGAGCGACAUGGAGCAGGAUGAGUUGGAAAUCCCGAGUGCGCCGUCCACCUCCAGGGUUUCCAAUACUCGUUGCUCCCCCCGCCUCGACGUGGGUCCCGACGGCUAUUAUCUGGAGCCGUUGAUGCCGGCCAUCUCCAAGCCAGCCAAAGAGAAGAGCAUCAGCCUGAACAAGGAGGAGGAGAGUGGCGAGAGUCGCUGUAAAGCCACAGCGGCUGCGAGGAAAGCAGCCAUCAGUGCCCCCAGGAGAGCCCCCGCGGCCGAGUUAAACAAAAGUACCUUCACGCCUAUACCUGUGGCUGAAUCAGUCCGCCGCUCUCUCAGGCCUCCCACAGAGGGGUCGUCAGGCACCGCUCAGCCCGAGAAGAAGCAGUCCUCCGGCUUCUUCCUCCAUUCGUCGGCCGAGGCAGAAACUCCUUCCACUGCGCUUGAAAUGGGCCAAGACUCCGACUCUGACAUCGCGGACCUCGAGGAAGACAACGAGGAGGACGAGCAGAUGGCGCUGACGAAAGAAGUCCUGAGGAGAGGAAAGGGAGCGUUCUUAGAGGAGGGGGAGGGCCGUGAAUUUGGAGAGGGCGAGUCGGCCAAACUGAGAGAAGACCUGAAGGUGAGCGAGCGGGACGAUAAGGAAGGCGGCAGUGGACGCUCGAGCCCUUGCCUCAGCACCGCGUCGUGGGCGAGCAGCUGCAGCGCGUCGUGCAGCACCAGCGUCAAGAUGACCAGCUUCGCAGAGAGAAAGCUCCUCAAACUCGGCCUCCGGGAUGGAUUCUCGAGCACCAGCAGUUCUCAGAAGACCACACCGGAUGGUUCUGAGGUCGCCCCCUGCUCCCCCUGGCAAGUGAGGAGUGACACCACCUUGGGCUGGCUAGGAAAGGAGCCCAGUUCUGUUUUGGGGAAGAACUUGGCGGUGAGCCCCCCAGUUGUGCCUUCAGAGCUGCUGCAGCUCCACAUGCAGCUCGAAGAGCAGCGGCGAGCCAUCGAGUACCAGAAGAAGAAGAUGGAGACCCUGUCGGCGCGGCAGCGGCUGAAGCUCGGCAAAGCUGCCUUCUUGAACAUCGUGAAGAAGGGCGGAGGGAAGAGUGAAACGCUUCCCCUGCCCCUGAAACACUCAACGCCCUUCUCAGAGCUAAGUGACAGGAGUCACAUGAAGACCCAGUCGUGUCGGGAUGACUCGUGUCUCGCUGCUCUGAAGGUGGAGGCAAGGGCAGGUCAGACCGAGGGGGAGACGAACAGGAGCAACAAGCUGCCCCAGGACAACGGGGCCGAGCCGGACCUGAACGAGUGUUCCCACUCCAUAGAGCUUCUCAACAAUGCCAUGAGUUCCAUCCAGCAGCAGAUGAUGCAGCUGUCUUUCCAGCAGGACCAGCUGAUGAAGCGGGUGGCGUCACCUCCACAGCCGCCUGUGAAGCGGGCGGCGUCACCUCCACAGCCGCCUGUGAAGCGGGCGGCGUCACCUCCACAGCCGCCUGUGAAGCGGGCGGCGUCACCUCCACAGCCGCCUGUGAAGCGGGCGGCGCCAUCCCCCGAACCCCCGAUGAAGUGCGCGGUGUCGCCUCCAGAGCGAGUAGAAUCGAGCGCCAGCACAACGACACAUUCCACGUCUCCUCCCUCGGACUCGAGGUCGUUUGCGGUUCACUUCGUGGACAUCACCGGCGGCCCCGCCGCCUCGGCUCGCCGCCCGCCCAAGCUCAGCUCCGGCAAACGCAGCAAGACCUCGGAGCUGAAACAAAGUAGAGAGGACAGCAAGAUGGCCGCCGUCAAGUCGCAUUCUCAAUCCCUGGAGGGCGGAGACGGUUCUGGUAGAUUCCAGGAGAGGAGUAUCGUCGAGAGCUCCAGACCGGAGACGAGCGUUCAGAGAAACUCCACCUUCAGGGUCGGCGGUGACCCCGAGCAACGUGACGGAGAGGGAGCCGAGAGCUUGUCGGGGAACGCGUUGACGUCUCAGGCUGCAGAACACGAGGAGAACACAAGGAGAGAGGCGGUGGGCGGAGAGGAGAAUACAAGGGUCCAGGUGGACCAAUCAGAGCUCACGGAUCCACUGGCUGCAGACUGCACGGCAGAUGGCGAGCAGAAGAAUGUGAUCGGUUACUUCUUCAAGGACGAGGAGAAGGCAGAGGAGAAAGCAGAGGAUGAAAUGGCGAAGCGCCGCAACGCCUUCCUCCUCAAGCAGCAGCGCAAAGCGGAAGAGGCGAGACUACGCAAGCAGCAUCAAGAGGUGGAGAGUGAGGUGAAACGUGAUGAGGCCAGGCGCAAGGCGGAAGAGGACCGCGUUCACAAAGAGGAGGAGAAGGCGCGACGAGAGAUAAUCAAGCAGGAAUACCUGCAGAGGAAGCAGGAAGCGCUGAUGGAGGAGCAAGGCCUCGUUAAGCCACGCCCACACACCAAAUCCAGCAGGAGCAGACCCAAAUCACUCCACCGGGCCGAGUCCAGCAGCCUCUCCAAAGGAUCCACCACACGUAAUUCUCUGAAGAAGUCCCUGUUGAUCAAAGCCCAGGGCUCAGCAGCCGGCUGCAGGGCAGCCGACCUGAGCCGCAGUUAUCGAGGGUCGACGCUCUCUUUGGCGACCGAGGCGGACAGCGUCAUCUCCGGAGGGGAGGAGUCUCAGAGUGCCGGAUCCGUGUGCUCCGUGGAGUCGUUCCCGGUGCUGAGCAGGGCGUCGAGCAGGAACCUGGAGAGGGACUGGGAGAGCGGCUCCAUCGCCUCUUCCAUCACGUCAACCGAGUACAACGGUCCUAAACUCUUCAAGGAGCCGAGCUCCAAGUCCAACAAGCCAAUCAUCAUCAACGCCAUCGCCCACUGCUGUCUGGCUGGAAGGGUUAAUGAGACCCAGAAGAAUGUGAUUCUGGAGGAGCUGGAGAAGUGCGAGUCCAACCACCUGAUCAUCCUCUUCCGCGACGGCGGCUGCCAGUUCCGGGGCAUCUACUCGUACUCCCCGGACACGGAGGAGAUCGUCAAGUACACGGGGACGGGGCCGCGCGCCAUCGGCCGCAAGAUGAUCGACAAGCUCUUCAAGUACAGCUCGGAACGCAAGCAGUUCAACGUGGUGACCGCCAAGUCGGUGUCGGUCAGCGUGGACGCCCUGACCAUCCACAACCAGCUGUGGCACGUCAAGAGACCUGGCAGCGCACGGAGGAAGUGAGACACUCGUUUCUGUUCCAUCUGCUCCUGUUGGGCAGGACCCAAUGAGAGGAUGGACGUGUGAUCAUGUGACUAACGUGUUCUGAAGAAUGAAGACGUCAGUCUGAAUGUUUUUUUUCUUCUUUUCUUUCGCUUUUCUUUCUUUUGCAUGUCACACUAUUUAUUUGAGGGGAACGUCCUUCAAAGAUUUGGCACUAUGGAUGACGCACUGAUUCCUAUGUGGCGGUGACGAGGAUACGGACCCUCACGUUGAAAACCACUGAGUCUACUUCACUGUCGUAAAGCCUGCUGCUGAUACCAAGUGCAACAUUUAUGUACUUCAUAAUGCUGUUUCAGCAGAAAAUACCCGACUGCUGUGAUUAACCCAGGCUCCACACAAAGAGCCCGUAUUAUUCACCAGUAACGCCUACUGGUGCUUUGAGAAGAUGGAACUAACCUUUUUUUAUUUUUAUGUAAGGAUGGAAUGAAUUUUAGUGAGUGGUAAUGUCCAGUCUUGUUUUCUAUUCAGUGUGUGUGUGUGUGUGUGGAGAGAGUGUGUGAGUCUUUGUGUUGAGGAGAGCUGGAGGCACGCCGCUCUGAAUGUGUUCUCUCUAUUCUGCUUUAAAAGAAAAAAGGGAAACAGAACUACGGAGCCAAGCAAAAUUUUUUAUUUUUUUAUUUAGUUUUUGUUUGGGAGCUUUGUGCCGCUGAUGGAGACGCCAGAGGAUUUAAAGUUUUACAGAAAGAAGGGAAUUGUACUCGUAUUCCAAACAGGAAGCGCUUCUCAGACUCGGUGAAUUGUGUUGUAUUGACUUCCUGCUUAUAUGCCGCCCAUCCCUGAUGCCACUGAACCCAAAUGGACUGAGCUACGCCACCGAGCUGUUUGCCGCUCGCUAGCCGAUCACUGGACUCAAGUGAGACGUUCGAUGUCCCUGUAGCUGCUGGCGCUCAACGCGAGUCGAUUCCAUGGAACCGCCGAGUCGGCAGCCGGCGUGAUGGAGGGAGAACUGCACAAAACUUGAUAUUUGUUUGCUGCAUUUUGUACAUUUUGGAGUAGUAUUUUUUGGGGGUACGUUACGUACAAGUUAUGUUUACUAAAAAGCAGGCACUAUUUUAAAGGUUUUAUUCUGUUACAGGCUUUCAGAGAAGUUACCAGUCUUAUUUCAUUGUGUUAUAUUUUAUGUUUAUUUAUUUUGAAAAGAUAUAAUAAAAUGCAACUAGGUAUGUUU